GGGAUUGAGGAAGAGAAGCAAGAAGAAGAAAUGGAGAUAACACUGAACAAUGGUUUCAAGAUGCCGAUCAUCGGCUUAGGAGUGUGGAGAAUGGAGAAAGAAGAGACUCGAGACCUUAUCAUCAAUGCCAUCAAGAUUGGCUAUCGCCAUCUCGACUGUGCUGCUCAUUAUAAGAACGAAGCAGAAGUUGGUGAGGCUCUUACAGAAGCAUUCACGACAGGUCUGGUCAAGAGGGAGGAUCUCUUCAUUACGAAUAAGCUAUGGAGUUCAGACCAUGGCCAUGUCAUCGAGGCGUGCAAAGAUAGUCUCAAGAAACUUCAACUUGACUACCUCGACCUUUUCCUUGUUCAUUUACCCAUAGCAACAAAACACACAGGAGUAGGAACAACCGAUAGUGCUUUGGGCGAUGACGGGGUAUUGGACAUAGAUACAACAAUCUCUCUGGAAACUACAUGGCACGACAUGGAAAAGCUUGUUUCCAUGGGUUUGGUCCGCAGCAUUGGACUCAGUAACUAUGAUGUCUUUCUAACGAGAGAUUGCUUGGCUUACUCCAAGAUCAAGCCUGCAGUGAAUCAGAUAGAGAUACAUCCUUACUUCCAACGUGAUUCUCUUGUCAAGUUCUGCCAGAGACACGGUAUUUGUGUCACCGCUCAUACUCCUCUUGGAGGUGCCACAGCCAAUGCCGAAUGGUUUGGUUCUGUGUUAUGUCUGGAUGACCCAGUUCUCAAAGAUGUGGCGGAGAAGUACAAAAAGACAGUGGCACAGGUUGUACUGAGGUGGGGAAUACAGAGAAACACAGUGGUGAUACCAAAGACAUCGAAGCCUGAGAGAUUGGAAGAGAACUUUCAGGUUUUCGACUUGGAACUAUCGAAAGAGGACAUGGAAGUGAUCAAGAACAUUGACAGGAAAUACCGCACGCACCAAACAACCAAGUAUUGGGGCAUUGAUCUCUACGGGAUCGAGGAAGAGAAGCGAGAAGAAGAAAUGGAGAUAACACUGAACAGUGGUUUCAAGAUGCCGAUCGUCGGCUUAGGAGUGUGGAGAAUGGAGAAGGAAGGGAUUCGAGACCUUAUCAUCAAUGCCAUCAAGAUCGGCUAUCGCCAUCUCGACUGUGCUGCUGAUUAUAGAAACGAGGCCGAAGUUGGUGAGGCUCUUACAGAAGCAUUCAAGACUGGUCUGGUUAAGAGGGAGGAUCUCUUCAUUACGACCAAGCUAUGGAAUUCAGAUCAUGGCCAUGCUAUUGAGGCGUGCAAAGAUAGUCUUAAGAAACUUCAAGUUGAUUACCUCGACCUUUUCCUCGUUCAUUUUCCCGUUGCAACAAAACACACAGGAGUUGGAACAACCGAUAGUGCUUUGGGUGAUGACGGGGUAUUGGACAUAGACACGACCAUCUCUUUGGAAACUACAUGGCAUGACAUGGAAAAGCUUGUUUCUAUGGGUUUGGUCCGCAGCAUUGGAAUCAGUAACUAUGACGUCUUUCUAACGAGAGAUUGCUUGGCUUACUCCAAGAUCAAGCCUGCAGUGAAUCAGAUUGAGACACAUCCCUACUUUCAGCGUGAUUCUCUUGUCAAAUUCUGCCAGAAACACGGUAUCUGUGUCACCGCUCAUACUCCUCUCGGAGGUGCCACAGCCAACGCUGAGUGGUUUGGCACUGUUUCAUGUCUGGAUGACCCAGUUCUCAAAGAUGUGGCCGAGAAGUACAAAAAGACAGUAGCACAGGUUGUCCUGAGGUGGGGAAUCCAGAGAAACACAGUGGUGAUACCAAAGACAUCGAAGCCUGCGAGAUUGGAAGAGAAUUUCCAGGUUUUCGACUUCGAACUAUCAAAAGAGGACAUGGAAGUGAUCAAGAGCAUGGACAGGAAAUACCGCACGAACCAACCAGCCAAGUUUUGGGGCAUUGAUCUCUACGCUUGAUCACACACACGCUCUCUAUCUACAUGAAUAAAUGAAGCUUAAGAAGAUAAACAAGAGAAGAAGCCAUAGCUUUACUUGCAACAACAUUCUUAAAUGUUUGUGAGCUAAACUCAUGUUAUUAAACAGAUUAUGAUUUC